GUUGUGCAACCUUGUAUCACGUACUUACCUCAGUGCCCGAUCGGCUGCUUGCCACGGCUUGAACACUCCACAUUACUCAACCAUGGACUCGAAAAUGUGGUGGCAGCCGUACUUUAUUACAGACUUGACAGGUGUUCAAGUGCUCUUCAAGAACUUGACCAUAUCAAGCUCGACGUCAACCUUGUUCUUUGCCCUAUCCUUUACUAUUCUCCUCUGCUGGACAGAGCGCUUAACAUCCUACGCGUAUGAGUACUUUACGGGAUCGCAUCAGACAUUAUACAGGAAGAACCACGCUGUCUCACCGUGGAAGUUUAUCAUAUGUCGAUCAAUGAUUUACGUGGCCAAUAUCAUAUGCAAGUACCUCACAAUGUUGGUGGUAAUGUCGUUCAGUGUCCAGCUGUUUGUUGCCGUUGUUUUGGGGAUGGGAACUGGACAAUUGGUUGUGGAAUACUGGCGACAGCAGCGACGUGGAGACCUGGUCGCUUCGUCGGAAUUUGAAAUGCUCGGUAACGAAGCAUGCUGACUUUAGAGAGCCAUCGUCCUACUUUAAGUGUAAAUAUGUUCGACAUGAAGUGUACAUUACAUUGGUUUUAACAACUAGUAGGAGCUAAUCGUCUCGCGAUAAGCGCCAAAAUCUGCUCAAUCUCCUCCUCCCCCAACCCAGGGGACGCAUACAUGUGUUCCUUCUUCGUUUCAUCGCCGUCAACUGUAUUCGCAACCGUUUGAUCGUGUCUGGUAUCAAUCCUAUCCAGAACCAUGUCUAGUACUACGUAACCCAAUCUCGCCGUCGCCUCAUCCCGUCCUUUCAAUCCACUUAACAAUGCCCUGAGUUCGUCUUGUCGCUCACUAUCCAACAGCGCGUCGACAGUCUGAAUCCAUCCAGAUACAGUCGGGCAUAAUUCCUUCGACGCCACCAUUUCCAAAAUGAUCUUCGCAGGGUGGGCCAGCAAUUUACUGGCCAGUCUGAUCAAUAGAUCAGAAAUUGGCCCUUCUCUCUCACCACCGCGUCCCAAG